AUGCCUUUUGGUGCUUUAGGAGGUUCGAGGGAGCCUGGAAAAAACGACGUGAAGAGCAGUGUGGGCAAUUCUCUAGGAAAACUGCAAAGAAAAAUAGAUGGCAGCAAUGUAGAAGAGGAAAACCACAUUGAACUGACCGAGGACGGCCGUCCCGUGGCAUCCGCAUCUCGUCCUGCUCCGCUGUUGGACUGUAGCUGUGGAGGUCUUCCCAAGCGUUACAUCAUCGCCAUUCUCAGCGGUCUGGGAUUCUGCAUCUCUUUUGGCAUUCGUUGCAACCUCGGUGUUGCGAUAGUGGAGAUGGUUAACAACAAUACCGUGUACGUCAAUGGCACUGAAGUACUUCAGAAAGCUGAGUUUAACUGGGAUCCAGAAACUGUUGGACUGAUCCAUGGGUCCUUCUUCUGGGGCUACAUUGUCACUCAAAUCCCUGGUGGUUUCAUCUCAAACAAGCUGUCGGCCAACAGGGUGUUUGGAGCUGCCAUUUUCUUGACAUCCGUGCUGAAUAUGUUCAUUCCAUCUGCAGCGAGGGUGCACUAUGGUUGUGUCAUGUUUGUUCGCAUCCUGCAGGGAUUGGUUGAGGGAGUCACUUACCCAGCGUGCCAUGGGAUGUGGUCAAAAUGGGCUCCACCUCUUGAACGCAGUCGACUGGCCACGACAUCCUUUUGCGGUUCCUACGCAGGAGCUGUGAUCGCCAUGCCUUUGGCUGGAGUGAUGGUUCAGUACAUCGGUUGGCCAUCAGUGUUUUACAUUUACGGUGUUUUUGGGAUCAUAUGGUAUGUCCUGUGGCUCCUCCUGGCAUACGGGAGUCCGGCGCUGCAUCCAACUAUCACAGAUGAAGAAAGAAUAUACAUUGAGUCCAGUAUCGGUGAAACAACCCAUCACUUGAGUGCGGCUGAGAAAUUCAAGACACCCUGGCGUCGUUUCUUUACGUCUAUGCCGGUGUACGCCAUCAUUGUGGCCAACUUCUGCCGCAGCUGGACCUUUUAUCUGCUUCUCAUCAGCCAACCGGCAUAUUUUGAAGAAGUCUUUGGCUUCCCCAUCAGCAAGGUGGGGAUCCUGUCUGCCGUGCCGCACAUGGUGAUGACUAUUGUAGUUCCCAUUGGAGGACAGCUGGCGGACUUCCUACGCAGUAACAAAAUCAUGACGACUACAAAUGUGAGGAAACUUAUGAACUGUGGAGGGUUUGGAAUGGAGGCUACUUUGCUGCUGGUGGUCGGAUUUUCACACACCCGAGCGGUAGCCAUUUCCUUCCUGGUGCUUGCUGUAGGCUUCAGUGGAUUUGCCAUCUCAGGUUUUAAUGUUAAUCAUCUGGACAUUGCUCCUCGCUAUGCCAGCAUCUUGAUGGGCAUUUCCAAUGGGGUGGGGACAUUGUCAGGAAUGGUGUGUCCCCUGAUUGUUGGAGCCCUGACCAUCCACAAGACUCGACUCGAGUGGCAGAACGUCUUUGUUAUAGCGGCCAUGGUGCAUUACACAGGGGUCAUCUUCUACGCUAUCUUCGCUUCGGGAGAACAGCAGGACUGGGCCAACCCUGAAAGUACCAGUGAAGAGAAAUGCGGCUUCGUCGAGCAGGACGAACUGGCUGAAGAGUCCGAGCUCAACAGCGAGAGCAUGGUGGCUCCCAAAAAGAGUUACGGAACAACAGAUAACGAAGUGGGUCGGAAAGAGGGCUGGAAAAAGAAAAGAGGGGUGACGAUGCAAGAGGAGGAAGAGCAUUACCCAAAUGGGGACUCUCAGCAUGCAUACCAGUGAUCUGCCCUGUAAAGACUUUUACACAAGAUGACAAUUCCUACCUGUGGGAAGCUGGAACGACAGGAAAAACAUCACAACUUGCUAAAAUAUGAUAUAUGAUUAUUAGGUGUUGGAUUUUUUUUGUUUCACCUAUGCAACAUACACCUGGAAUGUAGUCUGGGUUUGAUGGUAGACUACGAUGAUAAGUGUGGUGUUGUUUUUACUUCAAUGCUUUCAUUCAUUCAUUUUUACUUAUCACAAGGGUCGCGAAGGUGCUGGAGCCUAUCCCAGGUGUCUUCGGACCAGAGAGGUGGGGUACACUCUGGACUGGUCGGUAGCCAAUCACAGGGCACAUAUAGACAAACAACCAUUCACACUCACAUUCAUACCUAUGGACAAUUUGGAGUCGCUAAUUAACCUAGCAUGUUUUUGGAAUGUGGGAAGAAGCCGCAGUGAACAUGCAAACUCCACACAGAGAUGGCCGAGAGUGGAAUUGAACUUGGGUCUCGUAGGUGUGAGGCCUGCACGCUAACCACUUGUCCACCGUGCAGCCCAAAGAUUAUUUGUUCUAAAUCAACUUCAUCACAUUGUUUUGUGUGGAUUCAUUCAUUCAUUCAUUCUCUACCGCUUAUCGUGGGGGUGCUGGAGCCUAUCCCAGCCGUCUUCGGUCCAGAGGCGGGGAACACCCUGGACUGGUCGCCAGCCAAUCACAGGGCACAUAUAGACAAACAACCAUUCACACUCACAUUCAUACCUAUGGACAAUUUGGAGUCGCUAAUUAACCUAGCAUGUUUUUGGAAUGUGGGAGUGAACAUGCAAACUCCACACAGAGAUGGCCGAGACUGGAAUUGAACUUGGGUCUCCAAGCUGUGAGGCCUGCGUGCUAACCACUUGACCAGCGUGCAGCCACCCCUGCUCUAAAUCAACUUCAUCACAUUGUUUUGUGUGGAUUCAUUCAUUCAUUCAUUCAUUUUACCGCUUAUCCUCACGAGGGUUGCGGGGGGUGCUGGAGCCUAUCCCAGCCAUCUUCGGGCCAGAGGCGGGGUACACCAUGGAGCCAGCCAAUCACAGGGCACAUAUAGACAAACAACCAUUCACACUCACAUUCAUACCUAUGGACAAUUUGGAGUCGCUAAUUAACCUAGCAUGUUUUUGGAAUCAUAGAUGCCCGAGGGUGGAAUUGAACUCGGGUCUCCCAGCUGUGAGGCCUGUGUGCUAACCACUUGACCACCGUGCAGCCACUCCGGCUUGAUUCAAUGACAUAAAAUAAAAGUGUCUGUCUUCACAAACAUAAUCAUGACAUUUCCCCAGAAGUAGUAUCAUAACAUUAUUUUGAAAUACCUCAAACCCCCCAUUAUACUAUACCUUUAGUAAAGAAAAUAUACAAUAAGGCUUGAAUAAUUUGCACUAGUAAGGCUAAAUAUUAGUCGGACAUUGCAGUGACAACUUAAUAAUACUUCUAUCAAUGUCAAUCAAAAAUGAGUAUUAUUGUUGUGUGUGAUGGCUGGUGAUUCAGCAGCACUUUCAUUAUUUCUGCUGUAAAUCUGAGCUUCGUAAAUUCUUACAUAAAUGAGCAAAAAUGGAAACAUGAUGCAUAUUGGUCGUAAUUUGUGUUAACAAACAUGGCGGUUUUGCACAGUAGGGUAUGAUCAUUUUG